AUGGCCAAUCGAUAUUCUACCUUCUCAAAUAACUCUUCGCAAGUUGGUGCUGCGCGAUCAGCAGCCCAACAGUCGACACAGGUCUCAACCACGACCCUCCUCAAUGCCCUGCACACCAUCUAUGCCUCAGGUCAAACAUACCAACUCGAUUCGAGCACGAGUAUCGCAGUCAACACCUGGCUGACUGCACUCAAUCCCGAUGCCCAUGGACGACUGGGUGGAUCAGUGGAUGCUGGCAUUGCCUCAAGAGCGUGGGAACAUGCAAGGAGAAGAGCAGAAGAUGGAUGUAUAAUUCUGGGUUCACUGCAUCCGUCGACCCCUUCGCUAUUCCAGGCAUUUCUUCAAGUUAUUCCCUUAGCGACUCCUCAGAUGGCCUACACUGCGUUGACAGCCCUACGGCCGUUUCUUUCCUGCGUCACACCUAUCAAUCCGACCACAUUCCGACAUUCUUCCCUUUCCGCCAAGUAUACGGUCACUCUCACAGGCACAAUCACCGGCUUCUCCCUGGCCUUGUCCGGAUCGGGCAUUGAUGUUGAACGAGGUCUAUUGAGGAUCCCAUCUGAACCUGGCCAUCGUGCUUUCGAUGUGUUUUACCAUCUUUUGACCUCAGCAUCAACCCCGACUGAACGCGAAUAUCUCGGUCUGCAACAUCCUUCCAAGUACACGCUCUUGAACAGAUCGGGCACAUAUGAUCCCCCUUCCUACCUUCCGACGGCCGACGAUGCCGCAGCGGCAGAAGAUUUCCGUUCCGCAUUGAAGUCCAUCGGUAUCAAGGGGUCAGCGUUUCGAGGCCUCCUGUCAUGCCUGGCCGGACUGCUGAGAUUGGGUGAGACAACCGGAUUCCUCGUCGAUUCCGAUGUGUUGGAAGAGAUUUGCGAAGAUGUUGGGGGUUUGAUAGGACUCGAACCGGAAGUCCUCGUGAAUAAAUGCACCACCGACGACCGCGAGGUUUUGAUUGCUGGCAUGUAUGAGGCCCUGGUGGACUGGGUCAUCUCCAAGGCAAAUGAGGCCAUUGCGGGAGAAUUGCGCUCCGGAGCCCUGACGCCUGACUCGAGCACUCAGAACGGCGACGAAGUCAGCCUAACGGUCAUCGAAAUUCCUGGAGAGCAUCUCGCCAAGGCAGUGGCGUUGCGCAAUGUCUUUGAUGAUUCCCAGGGUAUCAAUGCCGAGAUGAGGGACGACGGUGUGGAAGUGGUGCCCGCUGGCCACUCAGUCCUCAAAGAAAUGCAGUCCGCCGUGGCCGAGGUUGAAGCGGAUCUGGGUAUCAAAGGUGGCCCUCUCAGCCGGGAAAGAGAACAUGACCGAGACCGACGAGAAGGCAUCCUCGAAAAGAUUGGUGCCGAAGCUGAGGCUGGUGGUUUCCUCCGGACCCUGCUCUAUCCAACUGAUGGAGAAGGCCUGAACUUGGGCAUCAAGGGGCGUUUUGAUCUGGGGGUGACUCUGGCCAGCAGUCGAGCCUGGUAUCAGCUCUCAAUUCACCCUACCGACGACACUCCUAGCGCUCUCGCCGCUCUCGCCUCCACGUCGGCCUGGUCUGCAGGUACAGUGUCGCGACAAUUACGAGCAUGGAGGCUUCCUGAAUGGGCCAACCACCGCAACAGACAACUCGACUUUACGGCAGAUUUUGAUGUUGAUGAAUUCGUCACCAGGUACUCCAGACUUGGUUGCAAAGACGGCAAAGAUGGAAUAGAAAGCUUCAUGCUCGAACGUGGCUGGACGAACGGAGAAGUCGUGAUCGGACGUGAGCGGAUCUGGAUGCGUGAAGGAGCGUGGUGGGAGGCCGAAUCAAUGCUUGACAUGAAACCGGCCGACCCUGGCCGUCCCAAUGAUGCCAUCUUCGGUAUUCCAUCAAAUCCGUUCGAAUCCAGUCAUUCCGCCCACGCACCCAACAAUAGCAGUGGAUUCUUUCCGCCGUUUGGUGACAGUAUGAGUAUCCAAGACAGUCGGGAGAAUCUCCUGGCGCAAGCAGGUGCCGAUCGAGCUAAGUCAGUUGCCCCAACGAUGGCACGAACAGUCCAUACCAUUGGCGGCGACUACGGCCUGGGUCCCAAAGGUGACGCCGACAAAGGCCAAUUAUAUUACGACUCCGAACUCGGCCGUUACACAGGCGAGUUGGAUCCCGAGUAUGGAGAUCCUCGAAACAUUCAGACCAAGAAGACCUCCGCGAGCCGACAGGCUUGGAUUUCGGUGGUCUGGGCCUUGACGUGGUUCAUCCCUUCCGUCCUUUUGAGGUAUAUCGGUCGGAUGAAACGUCCUGAUGUCCGUCUGGCCUGGCGAGAGAAGGUCGUCCUGGUGUUUCUCAUCUUUCUGUUCAAUGCUCUCGUGGUGUUUUAUAUCGUCGAAUUCGGGCGAUUGCUUUGCCCAAAUUUCGACAAGGCCUGGAAUGCUAAAGAAGUGGGUUACCAUACGGGGACGGACGACUUCUAUGUCAGUAUUCGCGGCUCCGUCUACGACAUCACGAAAUUCUACCGAUUGCAGCAUAGCGACACCAGCAUAACCACCAGCUCCGAGAACAUGAUGCCGUUUGCCGGUCAGAAUCUGGAUGCCUAUUUCCCACCCCCGUUGAGUCGCGCUUGUCCGGGUCUCGACGUCGACGAGAGUGUUCAGAUGCAACACAACGACACGGACGCCGUUCUGUAUCCCAAUGCGGUCCAUACAUCCGGGCCUCGUUAUCAGACAGAUCAGCAGUCGGCUUUGUACAGCUGGAACUGGUACAGCGAUACCUUCCUGCCCAAAAUCAACGAAUACUACAAAGGUGACCUCGUCGUCACCAGGGGCAGCGUCAAAAGCCAAGGAGAAAUCGAUCAAAGAAUGUGGGUCAUUAUCAGUGGCAAGAUUUACGACCUAACAGAUUAUUUCUACACAUUGAAACUCCAAAACAACUUCGCCACCUACAAAUUCUUUCCCGACGAAGUCAGCGACCUCAUUUCCGGUAAUCCCGGUCUUGAUAUUACGGACAAAUGGGGAACCAGUGCCGCUUUCGCCAACAGCCUCAACUGCAUGAACAACGCUUUCUACGUGGGAAAGGUCGAUUUCCGUAAUUCUGCGCAAUGUCAAGUUAACAAUUAUAUCCUCCUGGCGUUCACCAUCAUCCUUUGUACGGUGAUCUUGGUGAAAUUUUUGGCAGCUCUACAACUGGGCUCGAAGCGUCGACCAGUCCCGCAAGACAAAUUUGUGAUCUGUCAGGUGCCUGCAUAUACCGAAGGCGAAGAUCAUCUCCGAAAAUCUCUCGACUCCCUCACCGCACUUCAGUACGACAACAAGAGGAAGCUGAUCUGUGUCAUUUGCGACGGUAUGAUCGUCGGUGGCGGCAAUGAUCGACCUACUCCCAAGAUCGUUUUGGAUAUUCUGGGCGUGGACCCAAAGAUCGAUCCGCCCGCUCUUCCCUUUAGAUCGGUCGGCCAGGGCAAUGAGCAACUCAACUAUGGCAAGGUCUACUCCGGAUUGUACGAGUAUGAGGGCAGUGUGGUUCCAUACAUUGUCGUCGUCAAAGUCGGAAAAGAAUCCGAGCAGAGCAAAUCGAAACCGGGAAACCGUGGGAAGCGAGAUUCUCAAAUCCUCCUUAUGCAAUUCUUGAAUCGUGUUCAUCACAGAUCGCCAAUGUCACCUCUCGAGCUAGAAAUGUUCCAUCAGAUCAACAACAUCAUUGGUGUGGACCCAGAGUUAUAUGAAUACCUCCUCAUGGUCGAUGCCGACACAAUGGUCAAAGAAGACUCUCUCAAUCGGCUGGUGGCGGCUUGUGCCAAUGACUCAAAAAUUGCCGGUAUCUGUGGUGAAACCAGUUUGGAAAACGAGGAACGAAGUUGGUGGACUAUGAUUCAAGUCUACGAGUACUAUAUCUCGCAUCAUCUCACCAAAGCCUUCGAAUCAUUAUUUGGCAGCGUGACCUGCUUGCCUGGAUGUUUCUGCAUGUACCGCCUCAGAACAGCUGACAAAGGACGACCGUUAAUUAUCUCGGACAAGGUCAUCCAGGAGUACGCUGAUGGCGACGUCGACACUCUUCACAAGAAAAACCUUUUGGCUCUUGGUGAAGAUCGAUACCUGACGACCUUGAUGACAAAACAUUUCCCUGCCAUGUCAUACAAAUUUAUUCCCGACGCUUACGCCCUGACGGCCGCACCGGAAACAUGGUCCGUGCUGCUUUCGCAGAGAAGACGAUGGAUCAAUUCUACCAUUCACAAUUUGGCCGAGCUCGUUUUCCUGAAAGAUCUGUGUGGCUUCUGCUGUUUCUCGAUGAGAUUUGUCGUCUUUGUCGACUUGUUUGGAACCAUCAUUCUUCCGGCCACGUGUGUCUACCUAGGCUAUCUAAUCUAUCGAGUGGCCUCACAUACCGGUCCACUCCCCCUAUUUUCACUUGUGGUGAUCGCGGCAGUGUACGGAUUACAAGCAAUUAUCUUCAUCAUCAAGAGACAGUGGCAACAUGUGGGCUGGAUGAUCAUCUACCUCCUCGCAUACCCCAUCUACAGCCUUAUCUUGCCGGUCUAUUCAUUCUGGAAUCAAGACAACUUCUCGUGGGGUAAUACCAGAAUUGUCAUCGGCGAAAAGGGAGACAAGAAGGUUGUGGCCAUCCAAGAUGAAGGAUUUGAUCCGAAAUCGAUCCCUCUUCAACGCUGGGAUGACUAUGCUGCAGCCAACAACCUUCCCGGCCGGCGUGGAAACACUGGCAACCACUACGAGAAAGGCUUCGAGGCUGGUUACGCUGACGACCCAGGAAUGAUGGAAAUGGACGAUAUGCAUUCCACCUAUUCGUCAGUGAAGCCAGCCAGCACCAUCCUAGCCGGAUUCCCCCAACAACAUCACCCGUACAUGGCACCACCACGCUCACCCGCCCCCCUUGGCAUGAACAACCGCGCCAGCACCAUGACCGGUCUCGUUCAAUUCCGUGACCAACCUACGAGUCUCCACGGUCGACAAAUGAGCAUGAUGAGUCUCGGUAGCCAAGCUGGACAGAAGUCUCCGUCUCCGGCCCCCUACCAAGACAACCCCCGCAGUCCAUAUCAGAGUGGUUUCAGCGGAAUGCAACACUCCGUCAGCAGACCUAGCUUGUUGGGUAUGGGAACCAGCCGUCCAGCGUCUACCGUGAUGGAUUUCCGCACCGUGCCCAGCGCCGGCCCAAGCGAUCACGACAUGAUCGAGGCUAUUCGCUCCGUUUUAGCCGAAGUUGACCUGGACAAGGUCACCAAGAAGCAAGUGCGCGCGCUGGUGGAGCAGAGACUACAGUGUGAAGUACCCGUGGGAGAGAGGCGGGCAUUUUUGGAUAAAGCCAUCGAUGGUGAAUUAGCCAACAUGUAG